AUCCGUCCAAAAAAAACCAACGAAACAAUAAAUGAACUACAACCGUAUCAUCGUCGCCAGGCGACUGCUACGUAAUCCCCCCCAAGCCGAGAGACAGCUCAAGAUGGCUUCUCCCAAGCAUCCUCUCCUCCUCCUCCUCCCACUAUUUCUCUCCAUUAUUGCCAUCUCAGUGGAAUGUUUCGAAGAAGAAGGGCGGUCCACUCUCUCGAAAAGAGGACGAAUUGGAGGAGGAGAAGCUGGUUCGCCGGCGGCGGUGAACGGUGUGCUCCGGUUCAAGGGGACGAAGGGGGAGUUCAAGAUACUUCAGGUGGCGGACAUGCACUACGCCGACGGGAGGUCGACGCCGUGCUUGGACGUCUUUCCGGCGCAGAUGCCGACCUGCUCCGAUCUCAACACCACCGCCUUCAUCAACCGUGUCAUCCAGGCCGAGAACCCCGAUCUCGUCGUCUUCACCGGUGACAACAUUUUCGGCUAUGACUCAACCGACUCGGCCAAAUCACUGGACAUGGCAUAUGCUCCAGUAGUCGAACGCAAGCUUCCAUGGGCAGCGGUGCUCGGCAACCAUGACCAGGAGGGGACGCUGUCCCGCGAGGGUGUAAUGCAGCACAUUGUGGGAAUGCCUCACACCCUUUCUCGCCUCAACCCAGAUGGAGUGGUUAUCGAUGGCUUCGGGAACUAUAACUUGGAGGUGGGUGGUGUGGAGGGCUCCGCACUUGCCAACAAGUCGGUGCUCAACCUCUACUUCAUUGACAGUGGGGAUUACUCCACCGUUCCCUCCAUCCCCGGCUAUGGCUGGAUCAAGCCCUCUCAGCAGCUCUGGUUCCAGAAAACCUCUUCCCACCUCCAGAAAGGGUAUACGAGCAGACCAGAGGCACAGAAGCAGCCAGCACCGGGCCUCGUGUACUUCCACAUUCCAUUGCCAGAGUACAGCAGCUUUGAUGCAUCCAACUUAACAGGGGUGAAACAGGAAGGCAUCAGCUCAGCAUCAAUUAACUCUGGAUUCUUUGCCACCAUGGUGGAGGCUGGGGAUGUGAAAGCUGUGUUCACAGGGCAUGAUCACCUCAAUGAUUUUUGUGGGGAGCUUACCGGCAUUCAGCUCUGUUAUGCUGGUGGGUUUGGAUACCAUGCCUAUGGGAAGGCCGGGUGGUCUAGGAGGGCAAGGGUGGUGUCGGCAUACCUAGAGAAGACAGUAGAGGGUGAAUGGGAAGGGGUUAAGUCCAUCAAGACAUGGAAACGUCUGGAUGAUCAGUACCUUUCCACGACCGACACUCAAGUCCUCUGGAACAAGGGCUCGACCGGGAGGCGCAGAAAGAGAACUACUGGAGUUUGAUCAUCAGCGUAGUGCAAGAGAUGAAUUGAAGAGAGAGGAGAUAAAUUAAGUAGAAGUGCUCUCUGCUGCUUUCCUGUAGCUGGUGAAAUAAGUAUUUCUCCACUACAUAUAGCCAUGGAUUUGAUAGAUUGAUGAUAUUUAGUAUCAAGAGAAGUGAAUAAGCUCAACCUACGCCAGCUCAGUUUUCAUCGUUCUUUCAGAAGAUUAUUAUCUGUUUUGAGUUUGCUGAAUUGUCAAUUGUCAAGCAUAAGAUGUUCAGUACCAUAGUGUAUUAAUAUAAAUAGACCUUCUUGUGUUAAAAUCUAAUAAAAGAAUCGACGUCGCAAGAUUACGCCGUGUACAAUA